UUUCCGCACAUGCGCAGUACAAAUCGUGUUUCCGAUACAACUGUUGUAUACGACUGUUAUGAAGAAGGGCUUUUUGUAUGUUUUGUGUUUUAAGAGUUACUUGGUUCAUUUCUCCUUUUCCUUUAGAAAACCAUGGACGAGUUACCUGAGCUGAAAAUCGGCUUCAUUGGAGCAGGAAACAUGGCUUAUGGAAUAGCACAGGGCAUCUUAAGACAUGGUAAUGUUGUGGCGUCUAACGUGAUUGUAAGCGCUCCAUCCAAAAACAACUUUUCACGCUUCCAGGCAAUGGGAGUUGCAGUCACACACUCGAACGAGGAAGUAAUUCACCAUUCUCGUCUGGUCUUCCUGGCAGUCAAGCCCCAUCUGAUCCCUACUGUACUAAGUGCGCUCUCUCAACACGUCACCCCACAGCACAUUGUCGUCUCGAUGGCAGCCGGAGUCACCCUAGCAACACUUGAGGGGCUGUUGCCCGGAGGAUCUUGUGUGAUCCGUCUGAUGCCGAAUCUUCCAUGCAUGCUUCAGGAAGGCGCUCUACUCCUGGCGUGUGGAACAGGGGUCAAGCAGGAGGUGGCUUCAAUGCUGAAGAGUCUCCUCUCGCCUUGUGGACUGGUGGAGGUUGGACCUGAGUCUUGGAUCGAUGCCCAUACAGGCCUUAGUGGAAGCGGUGUGGCUUUUGUGUACGUGUUUGCUGAAGCCCUUGCUGAAGGAGCUGUUAAAAUGGGAAUGCCAAGUGUGCUGGCUCAGCGUUUUGCAGCCCAGACUAUACUAGGUGCGGGUUAUUUAUUGCGGGAUGGUGAGAAGCAUCCAGCGCAGUUAAAGGCUGAAGUGUGUACUCCAGGCGGGACAACAGUGUACGGACUCCAUGCUCUGGAAAAAGGAGGGCUCCGGGCAGCCGUCAUGGGGGCAGUGGAGGCAGCCACAGAACGAGCGAGAGAACUCGGGUGCAGUUAAUGAAGGAGCAAGAUGGAGAGAUAGAAAGAGAGAAGCCAUGGCUAGCGUGGACCAUGAGCCAUCUGUUACAAAGUAAAUUUUAAAAAAGCUGCUUCGAUUGAAUUUAUUAAUCAGAAACAAAGCUACAUUGAUAUCAUAUUCAAACUGUAAACACACGUUUACUGUAGUACAGAGUCAUUGUUUUGCAAUGGUUUUGUCAAAAGUAUUGGUUGGAAAAGAAUUCCAACAUAAAUAGAAUGUAAAUAAAUAAGUAAAUAAAUAAAGCUAAUUAAAAGUCU